CUUUUAGCAAACGUGGGUAUUUUGACUUGAGAGAAAUUGAGAGAAAAAACAUAUUGUAUCAAUUAGCUGCUUAUUUAUAUGGUAUGAAGUAUAUGAACUGAGGGUUCAGUUUCUUUUGUUGAUUGAAGAUUGAUGUCUCUGUUUAAUGCUUGUUCUAUCUGUGAAGUUGGCAAGGAUGCAGCUGGAGUUGCUGGGAACAUCUUUGCUUUUGGGUUGUUUGUAUCCCCCAUACCCACAUUUAGGAGAAUUAUCAGAAAUGGGUCAACAGAAAUGUUCUCAGGGUUGCCAUAUGUUUACUCUCUUUUGAACUGCUUGAUCUGUUUGUGGUAUGGUACACCUCUGAUAUCACCUGAUAAUGUGUUGGUUACGACUGUUAAUUCAAUUGGAGCUGUCUUUCAGCUUGUGUACAUAAUCCUCUUCUUGAUGUAUGCUGAAAAAGCAAGAAAGGUGAGAAUGCUUGGAUUAUUGCUGGCAGUAGUGGGCAUAUUUGUGAUCAUAUUAGUUGGGAGCUUGCAAAUGGAGGACAUCACAAUGCGCAGGAUGUUUGUGGGAUUCUUGAGUUGUGCUUCUCUCAUUUCAAUGUUUGCCUCACCAUUGUUUAUAAUUAAAUUGGUCAUUCGGACAAAGAGUGUUGAGUUUAUGCCAUUUUAUCUUUCACUUUCCACAUUCCUAAUGAGUGCCUCCUUCUUUCUUUAUGGAUUGGUCAGUAAUGAUGCCUUUAUAUAUGUACCAAAUGGGAUAGGAACUGUUUUAGGAAUGGUACAAUUGGUAUUAUACUUCUAUUUCAAGAGUUCAUCCAGAGAAGACUCCAGAGAACCCUUGAUAGUGUCGUAUGAAUGAGAGAAGGUAAAGGCAAAUACACAAUUUGUGAUUAAGAUUUAUGGUCUUCACAUCAAUGUGAGAUGGUUCUCUGAAGUUAGUCAUGAGCAUUAUUUGUGUAUAAAAUGUCCAUGAGUUGAAUGAGUUUAUAUAUGGUUGUGAUUAUUGAUUCCAUGCAAUUUAUGAGGACAUUUGAAUUGAAACCUUUCACAGUAUUUUAAUUCAAUAUCUGGCAUUGUCUUUUUGUCAACAUUUUAUUGUUACUAUGUAAGAAUUGAUGAAUUUCAUGAAUUGAGUGGAUGAAUUCAUUGCAAUUAGAGGAUGAUGUUAAAUUCCACCUUGAUAUCAUAAAGAGAAAAACAGUACCACUGAACACUCUUAAACUACUUACUUCAGAUAUUGAAUCUCUUCUGUACCAGUUAAGUGAAAAUUAUUUUCUUUUACAAUACCAUCAAUUUUCUGAAUGUAUUGCACUUUUGCAAAAAGAUUAUUCUAUAACUACAUCUUUAUGCAAUGUUAAUGUAGAAUGUAUAGCCAAAUUGCACGUGUAGGAAUUGUGCACUUUAAAUAUUGUUAAAAAUAAGGUUUGGUGAGUGAAGGGAAGCACCAUAAAAAAUAAUGUUGAGACUAGAGAUUUGACUAGCUUCAUACAAAUAGGAUUUUAGUGUAAAUCAAGUGUUAAAUUGUAAAUAAUAAAAUAAAAUAAAUGAUUUCCCACUUGAUAACAUGGUAGUUAAUACUGCUUUGGGUAUGUUUCCUUAUUUUCCAGAUGGCCAUAAACUUCCUUUUUUGUUGUCUGGUUUUUGCUGCUUCCCUAAUUCUUCAUUAAAAAAAAAAACAGAGAAGGGUGUCAUUCACUUUGGAACUAUUUAUUGCCAGUGAAAUGGAAAAUGAAUUAUUGAAUCCAAGGGGAAAACUGCAUAUUUGAACUGAUCACAUCUUGUCAUUACUGUGAAACAGUCUGUCUGAUAC